CAUUUAUUUAUGGAUACUAAAUAGCACGUUCUCGUUUUUCAAAUAAACUAAGCAUGUGAUAUACAGAUUUGUCAACCUGGCGGAUAUUUUACACUGGCAUGACAUGACAGAAUAAAAUGAGUAUAUAAACACACGAAACACAAAUACAUGAAAAAGCAUGCCUUACUUAUCAGAACCAUUUUGACAGUGUAAAUAAGCUGAUCUCUGAAAGCACAUAAAACAUGGGAAGCUAUGGGAUAGCUGAAAAUCUUUCAAGCCUGGUCGUACUUUUCAACUCAACACCUGAAAUAAUAGCACUAAAUAUAACAAAUGGACUUGGGCCAUGUGACGAUGCAACAGACGAGUAUUCGGGGUUUUAUAAUGUGGCCCAGUUUAUCACGGGUCUCAUUAUUUACCCAAUCGUAUGCAUUCUUGGUAUCAUUGGCAACACAUUGACCUUGAUCGUCUUAAGUCAUAAAGAUAUGGCGACAUCAACAAAUGUCUACCUUUCAGCUUUAGCUGUUUCGGAUACAAUCAAACUCAUUAAUGAUUUCUUUUACUUCAUAAUGGUAGUUCUGCAAGAUCAAAAUCUAGAUAAGGACAUGAGGCUAAUUUCAAAUUUUUAUCCGUAUGCCCAUUACAUAUUUAAUAUGUCAGUAUGUGUGACGGCUUGGCUGACAGUGUCUGUGGCAGUUGAACGUUACAUAUCAAUAUGCAUCAUAACAAGAGCCAAGGAGAUGUGUACUAUAUCAAAGGCAAGAAUAGUGAGCACAGUUGUGUUUCUCACAAUGAUAAUUCUAACAAUACCGUCUGCUCUACGGUACGAGGCAAUUCAUCAAGUGGAUACCAACAAAAAUAUCACGUGUUAUACAGUGCUUCCGAGUGCUCUAGGAAAUAAUUCGGAUUUUAUGGACCCAUAUACAUGGGUACAAAACUCCUUACGAUCUAUUAUACCGUUGAUUGUUCUUAUAUUUCUAAACGCAAGAAUAAUCAAUGAAUUAAGAAAGCAGAGAGUGAAAGGCAAGAAACUUUCUUCUAGGAAUAGAAUCACGCUCAUGCUUAUAGCAAUCAUUAUAUUUUUUACCGUUUGUAUAAUGCCGGAUGCAUUUAUGUCACUGUUCUUCGGCUUUGGGUACGUUGAUGAAUCAAAUUUAGUGAAAGGGAUUAGGGAAAUAACAGAUUCUCUGCUAGCUAUCAACUCUGCCUUUAACUUCGUCUUAUAUUGCAGUAUGAGCAAAAUAUUCCGAACAACAUUUUCAAAGAUAUUUCUGACACGGUGUUUAGCACCAAAACCGUCUCAAGAAAGACUUCUGAACAACGGUACAUGCAUCGAAAAAGAGGCUAAAUCAGUCAAUCGUAAAGACAGUAGCAGUGGAAGCGGAAAUAACAACAAAGAAACCUUUGUAUAAUUUAGUAAUCAACUGACUUGUCAUGCGCUCUUGAGUGUAAAUAUUGUAUUUGAAUUUUAAUUGCUCCAACAUAAUUUUUUUUGCGUCAUAUGACUCGCACAUGAUAUCCAUCAGUGCGUACAUGUUAAAUAUUGUUCUUCAUUAAUUGAUUGCACAAAAUAAUCAAAAAUACUGUCAUGCUAAAGGAACAUUCUAUUGUCACGUGUUAUACUCAUCUUGUGUGUCAAGGAUUAGAGCAACCAUGUACGUGUUUGCACAAUGACGACAAUGACGAGAUUUUAGACACGGAAUGCCCGGUGAAAUAUGGAUGUGAUAUAUGCAUGUUUGGCUAUGCCAGUAGACGCAUUAUUCUCAUAGAAAAGUGUAUUUGGGUCUCAAAACUUGGUAAUGAUUAAUUUUUCACAGAAUGUUUAUUUCUUUCUUUCAAAAAAAGAGCAAUAUUAUUAUACAACUAUAAUGUUAAAAUAAUUGAUGUAUGUCAAAUGUCAUAUAAAACACAAUCAUACGUCUUUAUUAUCAUAUUUAUUAAUCUCUUCAUGACUUAAUAUUAAAAAAAUCAAAGACGUCUGGGACAAAAAGUAAUUUAAAUUCCAUGUUACAAAAGAAGUUUUACUAUUGAGUUAGGUAGUGAAAACACCUUUUUAGCAAUUUGUAAAACCGGACUGAAUGAUAUGUUUAAAAAAAUUCUUAAUUUUGCAAUGAUAUGCAAUGUUCAUAUUAAUUCAAGUAUUUGUUUUUGUUUUUUCUUUCUUUCGAGUAAAUUAUAUUUACGACUGGUAAAGAAAAUCGAUUGUAUUCACUUCUUCAUACUCAAAUGUUUGUUCUUUCAUUUGUAAUAUAAUGUCAUAUCGAGGUGUUGCUCCUUUAAAUGCAUUUGGAGGGAAAUAUGCAGUGGUGAUAUUUGACGAAUAAAACUUCAGGAAAUAUUAAAAUUACGGUACAAAUGAAUUCAAGCUGAAAAGUAUUUUUUGAAAUAAAAGAACGAAACCUUUUGAACUAUUAUUACGCAAUAUCUGCAUUCUAGGAAUUCAAAAGUAUCAACGGAGUGACACCCCUCUAGCGUGUAAAUGAUUUUAUGUCAACUGAGAUCUAACAUAAGCUUUGUAUUUAUAUUAUUUAGCAGAAAAAAUGUUUUCCAUUGUGCAU